CCUUGCAGCAUCCCGGGGCGUGCCAGAUGUGGUUGCUGUAGCUCAACGUGCUGGAUUCAAGGGUAUGUUUUGAUCCGUGAAAGUUGGAUCGUGCCAAAAAGUGACGUCACAUGCGGCAGCACGUGUGUGGACGACACGGGAACAGGUGAACAGUGAAGCCCAGGCGUCCACCGUGUUCACACCGAGGAGCCGAGAGGCGCGAGCUGCCCUGCCACGGGUAAGUCCCGACCCUGACGAAGGCGCGGCGCGGAGGACCGUCAGCGGCCAUCCAGAGCACCACUCCUCCACGUGUUCCUGACGGGCAGGGAGGUCAUCUCAGGAGUAACGAAAGAGCCCCGUGAGCGUCGCCAUGGUUCAAGUAACUGCCUGAGUCACCUGGUGAGUCAUUCAGCUGACUUCAAUGCGGCGGCAGUGGUGAUCAGCGCCGCCGCGACUGUGCAGACUUUGGAGUGGCGCCAGGUAGUGAGCACAGGUACCAUGAUCGACACAAGCAGCAACAGCAGCAGCACCAACAGCAGCAGCCAGCAGGAGGAACGGCCCCAGGCACAGCACGCCUGGCCAACGCCGCUCCCACAUGGAGACAACGCCGACAACAGUAACAACAACAACAACAAAGACAUGAGCUGCAGUUCUGAAAAGUACAGACUACGGCCACGCAGCAGCAUCAAGCGUCUGCAGCAGGAGCGGCCCCGCCAGCAGGCGGCCAGGGGCUACAAGGGCCUGACACGACCGAAGUCGCGACCGGCGCCACUCUCGAAGUACAGGCGGAAGACUGCCAACGCGAGGGAGCGCCACCGCAUGCUGGAGAUAAACAACGCCUUCGAGUCGCUGCGUCGCGUGCUGCCGGACGCAAUCGAGGUGGAGGCGGCCUCGGCCACCAUGACCAAGAUCACCACGCUGCGCCUCGCGGCGGAUUACAUCAAGGCGCUGAGCGGCGUGCUGCAGGAGGCUGGCGGCGCGGCGCUGUGCUCCCUGCCUACCCCGCCCCACCACCACAACCACCACCCCCUGCUGGACCUCUUCUCCGCCAGCCACGCCUCCGCCGCGCGCGGCUCGCUCAGCAGCAGCACCUGCAGUGACCUGGACGACCUUCUCUCAGACGACUCCUGCAGUCUGAUUGGUGAUAGUCUGGACGUGUUCCAUGACAUCCCCAGCCUGCCCGGCGGCGACCCCCUCGACCUGCUCCUGGAAGCGGACAAGGAGCUCUUCCCCCUCCCCCCAGAGCUGUGCAACUGACGCCAUUCCUCACUGCUGCAGCGUGUCAUUACGCCCCUGACAAACGGCCGCCACGUAGACAACUGGGCCUGUCCUCUUCAAUAUGACUCGCACGGACGAUUUAUGAGACACAAGAUUGUCUCCGAUUAGUGAAGAUAGAUAUUACGGAACAAGUGACCCGACUAAUGACCUCUAAAAAACUGUGACAGUCAUUGCAAGGAGGGACACGGCGCCCUUGUGGACACCAUACAGUGGUGGUGGGACAGGCCGUGUGGUGGUGGUGUGGUGUGUGUGGGGGGGGUAGGAUGCGAGGGAGUGGUGAGGGAAAGUGAAGUGGUCUGCAGCCUGAGUCACGUGGCGUCAUAACCCCCACCACCACCACCACCACUACCGCCGCCGCCGCCCCCCGCUGUGACACACGGCCCACGCCUCGCCGCGGAACAAAUCGCCUCGCGUGUCCAGUUCAGCGAGACGCAUCAACCUUUUCCUCCUCUGUCUGGGGCGGGUCUCGAGGCGGUACGGGAACACUGAAAUACUGUUUGACGCUAGUCGUGUGUGCCAUAACAGACUGUGGUGGCGGUGGUGGUGGGUAGAGGUUGUGAAGAGACUACAUUACUACUGUUCUGUGUGUGUGUGUGUGUGUGUGUGUGUGUGUGUGUAGGCACGCGUGCUCAGAGGCUGACGGCGGGGCCUCCGGCAUAUAAAUGUUAUGUAUGUAUGUAUGUAUGUAUGUAUGUAUGUAUGUAGGCCCUUCAUCUGGAGAGAGAGAGAGAGAGAGAGAGAGAGAGAGAGAGAGAGAGAGAGAGAGAGAGAGAGAGAGAGAGAGAGAGAGAUGGCAUAAGUUUCUGGAAUAGUUUUACGUCCUGGCCAUCACCUAUGUGUUGUUAUUAGACCCAAAUUAGGAAGUAAGAAAGGGAGUUACAAUUAAGAAAAAGGAGGAGAAACUGAGGAAGAAUUGAAAAAAAAAAAGGAAGUCAGGGAGGUCGAGAGUGAGGGACAGGGCAGGAGGCAGCGGUGACGUGGGGGCGACGUGCAGGCGUCUCAUUAGCCGGCACACCUGUUCACGGCGACGAAGAUUUACGAGGGACGGUGAGCGACGCGCGUGUCCUGGAGUCUUUCUGGGGGCGGCCACGGAAAAGGGAGAGGAGAGAGGUGGUGGUGGGGAAGGGAUGUGUGUGGGCCGCUGCUUCCGUGUGACUCAACUCUCUCUCUCUCUCUCUCUCUCUCUCUCUCUCUCUCUCUCUCUCUCUCUCGUACACAGGUAUUAGUAUAGUUACACUGACGUCAGGUACGGUAUAAUAAUUAGCAGGGUUAAAUAAUGCAUAGGAGUCUUCCUUUUAUAAACAUUAAGGAAACAAGAAAAGAAAAACAAACCGCAAUAUAUUAGAGAUAAGAGAGAAAACGUUUGCAUAGUAUUUUAUAUGUAUCUGUAUAUAGUAUAAGUAACUAGUGUACUGUAUUUUUUGUACGUUUGCAAUAAAAGCCUGUGUUAUGUCCAU